AUGGCCAAAUCAGAACCUACCUCCACCCGAGCACGGCGAGAGAAUCCUCAUCGUGACUCUAGCCAGUCAAGACGAGGCUUAUCCCGCGAGACGCAGCCUUGCAGAGCCGAAUCCACCGCUGACUGGAUGCAAAGAAGCGACGAUGUCGGUGUCCUGUACGACGCGCUGCCAGGUCUAAGCAAAGUCGUCAACACAACCACCUUGACUUCGAACGAGAAAGCUUUCUUCCUUGCAAUUGCUCCAGAGCCGCUCAAAGAUGAACACAUCCUGGAGAGAGCGGCAGCAAUGGUCACCCGGGGAGCAUCACAAAUGAUUAAAAGCUUCGUUCACGAGCCAUUCUCGAGUCCCCAAGAAGACGAUAAAAGAGACCAGAGUGUUACCCACACAUCAACGACCGUGUCCACACGAUCUCCGCAGCCGGCAGAUGCAAAUGAACUGAUUGACGUGAAUUAUCAUUUGCUUUCUACACCGAAUUGGGAAGACUAUCGGAUUGACCUGGAGAACGAUUUGGCCCGGGAGACAGAGAGUGUGGAUGACAGAUGGGCUAUAGCCCUUGCCAUCGAAGAUUAUGUUCAUCUACACAUGCUAUAG